CGCGAUUUGUCUGUUACGUCAUCCUUCAUCGACGAGCUUUUCAAACCGUAAACAUUUGAAGGGAGGCAUCAGAGCCUGAGCGAAAGAAAGUCAUGGAGAAUCUUGUGAAGAUUCAUGGAAGUGGCGGAUAUGACUCGGACUUCAGUGAUGACAAUGGAGAUGGAGACUCCUCGGAGAAAGCGAGAGAGAGGAAACGUGAGGGGGAAAUCUUACAGAAGCCGUUCGAAAAGGGUCGGCACCCCAAGGUGGCUCACCGCAGUUUACACUCGUGUGAAGUGGACAGAGAGGAAGCCAGAAACAGAAGAGCUCAUCUGAUAUCAAUGAAUGCUUUUGAGCGGCACAAGAAGUUUGUCGGUGACUACAUUUUGUAUUACGGUGGACAGAUGGCUGACUUCAGACGCUCUGCAACUAAAGAUAAAACCGAUCAGGACGUGCUGCGUGAAAACCACCGCUUCCUCUGGAGGGAUGAGGAUGAGGAAGACAUGACAUGGGAAAAGGAAGUUGCCAAGAAGUAUUACGACAAGCUGUUUAAGGAGUACUGCAUUGCUGAUCUCAGCAGGUACAAGGAAAACAAGUUUGGAUUUCGCUGGCGGACCGAGAAUGAAGUUGUUUCUGGAAAAGGUCAGUUCCAAUGUGGGAACAAGCUCUGUGGAAACGAGGAAGGCCUGAAAAGCUGGGAGGUGAAUUUUGCUUAUGUGGAACAUGGGGAAAAGAGGAAUGCUUUGGUGAAACUCAGACUGUGUCCUGAAUGCACCUUCAAACUCAACUACCAUCACAAGAGAAAAGAGGUGAAGGUGAGGAGAAAAAGAAAGGCAUCUGAGGAGAACGACGAGCCAACAAAGAAGAAGAAAAAGAAGAGGAAGAAAUCCUCCUCUCAUUCUAAGAAGCAGAAACACAAGAAGCAUAAAGAUCGCACCACCUCCUCCAGCGGUUCGGAUUCAGACCAGCAACACUCUGAUAAAGACAGUGGAGCUGGGAAUGAACCGGACAGCCAAUCAGAAGCUGACCACUGGCGAGGGCCCGCCCCUGCUGUGGAGGAAAAAUCAAGGGAGGAAGAGUUUGAUGACUACUUUGAAGACAUGUUUCUUUAAAUCUGCUGGUAUCAGCGGCAACCCUGCUGUGUCUACACUUCCUUUUGUAUCCCGCUGAUAUUAAGUAUGUUUUAUUUGGGUUUUGUGUGCAUGAAAUAAACAUAAUGUUUACCCUG